AUGUGGGUUAUUCCAUAUAAUCCAUACCUGUCGUCCUUGUUUGACUGCCAUAUCAAUGUUGAGGUUUGUUCUAGCAUCCAAGCAGUCAAAUACUUGUAUAAAUAUGUCUACAAGGGCCAUGACAGAAUCUCGUUCAAUGUUGUACAAGACGGUGAACAAACGACUGUUGAUGAGAUAGAGCAAUACCAGUCGGGUCGAUGGAUCAGGCCUCAAGAAAGGCUUGAUUCUGUCCUUGCAUCGGAGAGACGACACCGUACUUCUCUAACCGAGUUUUUCAAAGAAAAUGCUGCUACACCGAAUGGCACGGGCUACUUGUAUGGUAGGUUUACAGAAAAGUACCGAUGGGACUCUGGUUCAAAGCAGUGGUUUGCAAGGAAAAAUAAAACUGUGGUUAUUGGCAGGCUAGCAUUUGUUGCUCCUUCUAUAGGAGAGCGUAGUUUUUUACGCUUACUGCUUGUCCAUGUGCCUAGCCCUAAGUCCUUUGAAGAUCUCUUGACAGUUGAUGGAUACAGAUGUGCAACUUUUCAAGAAGCAUCCCUAAAACACAGGUUGCUUGAAGAGGAUGAGGCGGUUGACCUAUUCUUAGCAGAAGCAUGCGAGGUGCAAAUGUCGUCCGCUCUACGCCGACUGUUUGCAACAGUCCUCAUUUUCUGCCAACCAAGUGACCCGAAUGCAUUGUGGCUGAAAUACUCUGUUGCUAUGUCUGAAGAUUUUAAUCACCAGUUCACAAAUUCAGAGAGCAAGGUAAAGCAGCUCACGGCCAGAUCAGUCGAGCAAUGUUUGGAAGAAAUGGGAAAAUCACUGAAAACGUUUGGCCUAGCCUACUUGAAUGACGCUCAAGAUGCCAAGAAAGGGCCUGGAGCAUUCUUUAUUGAUGGGCCUGGUGGGACAGGAAAAACAUUCUUGUACAAUUCCCUGUACGCAGAGGUUCAUCUCAGGGGUAAGAUUGUACUUCCUACUGCUACGUCGGGUAUUGCUGCAGCUAACAUACCCUCGGGAAGAACAGCACAUUGCAGGUUCAAAAUCCCAAGUGAUACUGAAGCUUCCCUCGCCUGUGAUGUCCCAAAGCAAGGAAGUUUGGCUGCAUUGAUACAUGUAACAACUUUGAUCAAAUGGGACGAGGCUUCGAUGGCAGGGAAAGAGAUUGUUGAAUCCUUGGAUAUGCUUCUCCGAGACUUAUGUAAUGAGAAUUUGCUUUUUGGUGGUAAGCUCAUUGUUUUCGAGGAUAAUUUCCGCCAGGUUCUCCCCGUCCUUCCCCGCAGGACACAACGCGAAGCAGUAGCGGUCAGUUCUUCCCUCUGGCCUAAACUCACAAAAUUUCUCCUCACAGAAAACAUACGUGCUAGAGAAGACCCGGACUUCUCUGCAUUUUUGCUAGCUCUGGGUAAUCAAGAACUACAAACCAUCGACAAUAGCCUUGUCCACUUGCCGAGUGAGGUUGUGAAACCUCUGGAAGAUGGAAAAGUUCCCAUCACAGACCUCACAGCGCUUACAUUUCCUGAGUUAGACCUCAACAACUUAAGCUCUGACAUAUUUACAACAAGGGCAAUUUUGACCCCAAUGAAUGAUGAUGUUGAUUUCAUCAACAUGGAUCUGAUUCAGAAGUUCCCGGGCGAGUCUUUUGGGUACAAAAUCUUUGAAACAAUGCUUAAUGACAAUUGUAAUGUCUAUCCUACAAAGUUCAUUAACACACUGUGCCCUGGUGGAAUGAACCCCCAUGAACUAAUCUUGAAAAUGGGGAGUCUAGUCAUUUUGCUCCAAAAUGUUCUCCCAUCUUCUGGUCUUUGCAAUGGCACAAGACUAAUAUGCAAAGGUUUCUUCCCCAACCUGAUUCAAUGUGUGAUUAUAACUGGUCAUCAUAAAGGCAAGCCUGUUUUCAUACCACGCGUUAAACUACGGCCGGCUGCCUCCUCAAAGUAUCCAAUACUCUUUCAGAGGAAACAAUUUCCUAUCAAGCUCAGUUUUGCAAUGACAAUCAACAAGUCCCAAGGAUAG